AUGAAGCUCCUGCUGACAAAUGCUUUUGGGCUGCUGUCAAAGUUUGGAGCCUGCCAGCAUGCUGUUGCACGGAGCAGAUCUGACAUCGCCAUCGUAACAGAGACUAAACUCACCCCGGAGAAAGCCUCACUAUCUGACUCCUCCAUGCCGGGCUUCCACCCACCCCUCCGACUUGACCGAUCUGCUCAAGGUGGCGGAGUUGCAGUCUGGGUCCGGGACUCCCUCUCCUUUGACCACCUGAGUGACAUCAACUGCCAUGGCCAUGAGGUCAUCUGGCUUUGCCUGCACCUGGACAAUGGCCAGAAAGUAGUUGUAUGUGCAGUGUACCGACCCGGGUCGUGCCCUGGACAAGAUGUCUCUCUGCUUGAGUAUCUUGACUCAGUCAUGGAUCAAGCUCGAUCUCUCGGGAACAGCGUCGUGAUAGCCGGGGACUUAAAUGUUCAUAAUGAAAGCUGGCUAUGCAGCACGAAGACUACACCGGCUGGUGAAUACAUGGAAGAACUCUCUGCGUUCCACGGGCUCCACCAGCACGUUACUCAACCGACACGUGGUGAGAACACCCUGGACCUCAUACUCAGCGACUUCUCGGAGACCUCAGUGGUGGUAAAUGUACUGGACCCCAUUGGAGCAUCAGACCAUGCCACCGUUGUGGCCACUUUUGAUGCCACCCCACUCCGCGAACCACCGACUAAACGGCGCGUUUGGAGGUAUGCUCAGGCAGACUGGGGCCGGCUUCGGCACUUCUACUCAACAGCAAACUGGGAUAUAUCAGAAGACCCCGAGGCGUCGUGCAGAUCAGUAACCGCUGUUGUCAUGGAAGGCAUGAAUCGCUUCAUUCCACACAAAGAACUUUCGACGAAACCAACAGAUCCAUCCUGGUGGACGCCGGAAUGCUCAGCCGCUACCCAGGCAAAGAAGAAUGCAUGGAACCGUCUCAGGAGACACCCCACCUGCCACCAGCAACUCAUUGACUACAAUGCCAAAGUCCGAGCCUCUGCCAAUUGCCUUCGUCUCGCAAAGCAGGCAGAAUCUGCCCGCAUCCGAGAUCGGCUCAAACAUGGAUCACUGCGAAACAAGCAAUGGUGGUCACUCCUGAAGCAAGCUGCAGGCUCUGGCCGCAGCUCGUCUAUCCCUGUCCUACGCAAUGCCCAGGGUAGAGAAUAUGUCACCAACCAGGAAAAGGCUACUUGCUUUGGAGAAUUCUUUGCGAGCAAAUGCAGUCUGGGUGAUCAAGAUCUACAGCACUCCGACCUUCUUGACCUUCCUCCUAGGUUCAUGGAGAAGAUUGUCAACACUGCCAUAAUCAAUCAUCUUGAGCAUGAAAAGGCUCUGUCCAUCCACCAGUACGGAUUCCGGCAGGGGCUCAGCACAUCUGACCUUCUCACGUCUCUCAACCACUCCUGGGUCUCCGAAGUCAACCGUGGUGGCGCAGUCCGCGUGCUGGCUGUCGACAUAGCAGGAGCAUUCGACAAAGUUUCACACCGAGGCGUGCUCCACAAGGCUGCGUCAUAUGGCAUCACUGGUCCCCUCCUCAACUGGCUGUCUGACUACCUGUAUGACAGGAAGUUGCAGGCAGUAGUCGGCGGAGCAUCUUCAGAACCAUACAAGAUUGAUGCUGGGGUCCCACAAGGGAGCAUCCUUGGGCCCACACUGUUUUUGCUGUACGUGAAUGACGCCUGCGACGUCCUACCGGAAGGGAUCACUCCGGCUGUUUACGCAGAUGACACCACGCUUUAUGCCCACAUCCCAACGCCACAUGCUGUGACAGAAGUGUGCCGCAACCUCCAAGCUGGUGUGGAUGCACUUGCUGAAUGGGGUGCUCAGUGGCGCGUCACUUUUGAGCCAACGAAAUCACAGGCCAUGACUGUGUCCCGCCACCGCAGACCCUGGGAGACACCACCCAUCAAGUUCAACGGCACAGCGGUCCCAGAAUGCUCGCGGCUGAAGCUCCUUGGAGUGACGUUUGAUGCCCAUCUAACAUACUCGGAGCAUCUUCGAGGAACUGCAAUGCAGCUGAAAGUGAAGAGGAGGAAACAUGCAGUGCUGUAUCAUCUGCGUAGAGAUUAUCCGUCAGCACACAGAGGGCGUCUUCCGUAG